CUUGGGGAUUUUUGGGCAGUACGCUCAUUCGCUGUUGAAAGUAGCAGAGCCGGGAACAAGGGUUUCGUAGCGGAGCAAGGACUUAGGGUUCCGUGGAAGGUAAGCCAUGAUUUACGACGUGAAUUCCCCCCUCUUCAGGUCCUUUCUCAGCCAGAAAGGUGGCGCCUCUGAUAGAAGGAAAACAGAAGAGCAGAAGCCCAAGGAGCAGAAGCCCAAAGCAAAUGAGAACAAGCCUGUUAUGACCGAGUGAGAUAAAAUGGAUGGUUGUGUGUGUGCUUGAUUUGAUUUUGAAAUAGGGAUAUAAUGAACAUGCAUGUAAUUGUUCACAUUUCUUCAUAGAGUUACACAACUCUGUUUCAGAGUCCUAUUUCUCGUUCGCUCAAUAUGAUGUGAUUUUGUUGCCAAA